CACAAAACUGUAGCAACGACGCAUACGACCACAAUGAGUUUCAGUUCCUUUCUGUCAAGUUGUUUACCAAGUUUAAUUAAAUUCGGUGCCACUAUUUCAAAAUCGCUAAUGAGUUGAUAAGAAUGUUAUUAUGAUAAUUUUUUGGCGAUAGUAUCAUUACUCAGCGUUAUCAGCAGGCGGAGGGGCCUGGCGACGGACGUAAUCUUAAAACACACCACACAUAUUGAACUGAGUAGAUAAGUUAUUAUGAAACUUUGAUUUAAUUGCUCUCAUACUUUUAUUAAAACCGAACAUGUCAUAUUUAAGAAGUCUGUACAAAAAUGGGGUGUCAUUGCACCUGCAGUACCCGUCAAGGUUUGCUCACUCGCAGCAACUCAAAGAGGAGGUUCGCCGAAGGCAGAUCAGUAAAGUGCUGAUUGCCAACCGAGGGGAGAUAGCAUGUCGAGUUAUGAAGACGGCUAGGAAGCUGGGUGUCAGGACUGUGGCCGUCUACUCUGAUGCUGACAAACAUGCCAUGCAUGUGGAAAUGGCAGAUGAAGCAUACCACAUAGGUCCUGCACCCUCCACCCAGAGCUACUUAAAUGCAGCUAAAAUACUAGAAGUGGCCAAGAAGUCGAACAGUCAAGCCAUACACCCUGGCUAUGGGUUCCUGUCUGAAAAUGUGGAGUUCUGUGAAAAGUGUGCCACUGAGGAUGUCAUAUUUAUUGGCCCACCACCUGCUGCCAUUAGAGAUAUGGGAAUUAAAAGUACAUCAAAAGCUAUAAUGUCAGCUGCCGGCGUACCAAUUGUCAAAGGUUAUCAUGGAGAAGAACAGAGUAUUGAGAAGUUGCGAGAAGAAGCCCGACGGAUCGGAUUCCCUCUCAUGAUCAAAGCUGUGCGGGGAGGUGGUGGAAAGGGAAUGAGAAUAGCAAUGACAGAGGCUGAAUUCUUGCCGGAACUAGAGUCGGCUAAGCGUGAAUCUCUGAAGUCCUUCGGGGAUGACAACAUGCUGCUCGAACAAUACAUCACAGACCCUAGGCAUGUGGAAGUACAGGUAUUCGCUGACAUGCACGGCAAUGCCGUCCAUCUGUUUGAGAGGGACUGCUCAGUUCAAAGACGUCAUCAAAAGAUUAUCGAAGAGGCACCAGCGCCAGGUCUUUCGGAAGAGACGCGCAGAGCUCUAGGCGAGGCGGCGGUCCGCGCGGCCAAGGCCGUGGGCUACGUGGGCGCAGGCACCGUGGAGUUCAUCCUGCAUAGACAGACUCAUGAGUUCCACUUCAUGGAGAUGAACACGCGUCUGCAGGUCGAACAUCCAAUCACUGAGAUGAUUACUGGUACGGACCUAGUAGAAUGGCAGCUACGCGUGGCUGCCGGGGAACAGUUACCCCUUUCCCAAGAGGAAAUCAUUCGCCGCGGCCACGCCGUCGAAUGCCGUAUAUACGCAGAGGAACCAAACGCCGGUUUCUUACCUCGCGCCGGCACUCUGCAUAGACUCACACAACCUGUACCUGAGGAGUUUGUUAGGGUGGAGACAGGAGUGCGAGAAGGGCAGGAGGUGUCGGUGCACUACGACCCCAUGAUCGCCAAGCUCGUGGUGUGGGGACGCGACCGCAGUGAAGCGCUUGCCAAGACUAGGGCCAAGCUCUCCGAGUACCAAGUAGCAGGUCUGGAAACAAACGUGAACUUCCUCCUGCGUCUGAGCGGCGCGAGCGCAUUCGUGGCGGGUGAUGUGCACACCGCCUUCAUACCGCAACACAAGCACGAGCUGUUCCCCAUCUCCGACCACAGGCUCAGCGAGGACUGUGCUAUACAGGCUGCACUGGGACAUUUGCUGAUCAAACAGCAGUCGAGCACGGUGACGGACAACUGGAAGGGGAUCUCAGUGGAGCCUCAGGCGUGGAGACCUAACUACGAGCUACAGAAAAACGUCACCUUGAGAUUUGAUGAAGAUGACUUCACAGUAACAGUGCAAUACGAACGCACUCCAAACACAUACCGCGUCAAAGUGAAGGACGGCGAGUGGAAGCAAGUGGAAGCUUCACUACAAGCCACCGACAGGGGACUGAGGCUGCACACAACUAUUGGUGAUAAGAGGACCAAUGUAGGCCUGCUCACGCAUGAACAACAGAUACAUGUUUAUGAUGAGAAUGGUCAAACAGUGGUGGAGUUGCCUCGACCCAAAUACCAGGCGAGCACCGUGGACGCGGCGGCCGCGGCCAACUCCGCCAGCUCGCCCACGCCCGGCGUGCUGGAGAGAGUACUCGUCAGCAAGGGGGACAAAGUGGUGAAAGGCCAGCCCCUAUUCGUGGUGAUAGCCAUGAAGAUGGAGUACGUGGUGCGUUCCCCCCGCGACGGCGUGGUGGCGGCGCUGGCGCCCUACAACCUCGGAGACUCCGUCGGCAAGGGCGCCCAAGUCGUCAUGUUGGAGGGAGACAGCUGAACGUGUCAGAAACCUAAGACUUUCUACUGGUAGGCUGUGACUAUAUCAAUCGUUUUAUUUUAAAAGUGCAAUAAACCGAAAAUAUUAUGUUAUCAAAAAAAGACAUUAAAAUUUGCAAAUAAAUUGCAAAAUCAACUAA